AUGGACACACGGGGCUCCCGGUUCUUAGACCCAUCGUCUGCGAUGGCAGCGAUUACCAGACACAAAGCGGAAGCAAUUAAAUUGGCACGAGAGCAAGGAACGGCUGUCAAAGAGAUGUGUCGACGUGCAAAAACAGAGAUACCGCCUUACGAGUUUGAAGAAUUGAUCGGCAAGGGUGCAUAUGGUCGUGUCUACAAAGGCAGAGGGAUACCAUCUGGUCAGCUGGUCGCCAUAAAAGUGUUGGACAUUGAUUCGCUCGACUACAAAUCUCUACGCGAUUUUAGAGAUGAGUCCAUCAAGGACUUCAUCCAUGAAACAAAAGUUAUGAAACAGGUGAAGGAUUCUGGGGCCAAGAACAUCAAUGAGCUUAUUGAAGCGAUCUCCAUCCACUCGCAACUUUGGCUGGUUUGUGAAUACUGCCCUGGUGGAAGUGUGCGGACAUUGAUGCGCGCGACUGGUGAUAAAUUAGAAGAGAAAUUUAUCAUUCCAAUUGCUCGAGAGCUCGUGAUUGGACUGAAUGCAAUUCAUAAUGCUGGCAUUAUUCAUCGUGAUAUCAAAGCGGCGAAUAUUCUGAUUCACGAGGAAGGCCGACUGGAGAUUUGUGACUUCGGUGUGGCCGGAGUCCUGCAGUCCCAGCGAGACAAGCGGUCAACAUGGAUUGGCACUCCUCAUUGGAUGCCACCUGAGAUGUUCUCAACCCGCGGCCAAGCCCAUCAGUAUGGCAGCGAAAUUGACGUAUGGGCGUUUGGCUGUACAUUGUUCGAGUUUGCCACUGGCAACCCACCCAAUGCUGGUCUUCGUGAGCGGAUGCAAAUUGGACGCCAACUGAACCGUAACACUCCCAAACUUGAUAGCGAGGAUUACAGCGAAGGCUUGAAGGACCUCAUUUCAUACGCACUUGACUCCAACCCGUCCACCCGUCCUUCUAUGGCGGAUAUUCUAGACCACCCCUACAUUGCGGGUACUGAGGAAGAAUACCCCACAUCAUCGGUGGGUGAGCUUGUCAGAAACUACUACCAAUGGUCUCAACGAGGAGGACAGCGUAUUUCCUUGUUCCACCCAGGUGGUGCCGCAGCUGCAGAACUUCCAGGCGCGGAAGAGUCAGAAGAUGAUUGGAACUUCAGCACAACAGACGGAUUUGAACGAAGAUUCUCCGUCAUUGACCUAGAUCAGUUAGCUGCUUCUUUGGCUGAAAUGGAGGAGGCAGUCAGCCCAACCACACCUACCGCAGAAUUUGACUUUAACGACGACCCAUUGGAAGGCGAAUUGAAGCCAGAAGAUAAGGCUAACUUCGAUGAACGGGUUCGCCGAGGAGCGGUUGCGAUGGAGGGGCUUUUUGACGAGCAAAAGCCAAGCUACAAAUACGAAACGAAAAAUGACUUCGUUCCAAUUGAGCCCCCUCAACCAUCGUCCGACCUACCCUUGCGUGCUGAUACAGAUCGGUCCUCUGUCACAUCCACAUUCCUCGAUAUUGAUAUCGGCUCCUUUGAUUCGUCUCACUAUGCAGCCGGCACACCUUCCGCACAGCCUUUUCAAUUAGCUGAUGCUGGCACAAUCCGGGCAAACCGAUCAAGUCUUCGUGGUAGUCGUAACUCCAAUGACAACAGUUCACAGUCCUCCGUCAGUGGUGAAGAGACGACUGAAAUGCAGGAAGAAGAGUUUCAACCUCAGUCCGGCCCGCGCCCUCCUACUAUGGAUUGGAAAUUCCCGGUGUUUGUGAAUCCGGAAGAAAAGGAGGAGGAGGAGGAGGAAGAAGAGGAAAAAGCGAAUAAGGAAGAGUCAGGUCCAGAAUCAUCAGCAGAACCCGCCCAAGACGAAACAUUCCAAGCUGAAAAGCGUGCCACCAUGGAAUGGACUUUUCCUGUCAUGUCCCCAGACGAAGUGUCAAACGAUAUUAAUACAGAUCGUUAUGAUACCCUCAAAGCACCAUUGCCCCCGCCUCAAUUGCCAACCGAAGAAUCCGACCUUUCUCGCCCCUCAACAUCCGCCUCCAACAUGUCGAGUGCAUCUGACUCCGAUUAUGAUCCUUUCCGUUUUGAUCGUCCAAUCACUCCCGAAGGACCAUCAUCCAAAUUCUCCAGUCGAGCUCAGUCAUUUGAUUCAACCCACAGCCCAAUAGGCCCCGAGUACCCUGACGACAUGUCUGUUUCUCUUGAUGGACCUGGUCCUGAUGAAGAGGAGCCCCAUCCUCUAUGGAAUGAGAACACUGAAGUCAUCGACCCCAACAACAUACCACCACUUGAACUUCACAUGCCUAGUAGCAAAGAUGCUGAAGAUGUCUCCACUCCCAUCUCCGAGCCUGGCUCACCCAUCUACGACGAUCCACCGACUAUUCGACGAGAUACCUUUUCUCGAGCCAGAGAUUUGCCAGGACCCACCGCAGGAAUGAUUCCAUUCCCAGUCCUUAUUCCACCGAGCGCGGAAAGCUUGAUGGAAGGCUCUGAUGAUGCUAUUGUGACCGCUGAGCUUGAAAGGCUUCUUGAUGACUUCCUUGCUGGUCUCUCUGCAACUGGACAGGCUCUCUCCAGAUACGCUGCGGAAAGACAGCCCCGCGAUGUUUGA